AUGUCCAUGGGCCUGGAGAUCGCCGGCACCUCGCUGGGCGUGCUGGGCUGGCUUUGCACCAUCUUGUGCUGCGCGCUGCCCAUGUGGCGCGUGACGGCCUUCAUCGGCAGCAGCAUCAUCACGGCGCAGAUCACCUGGGAGGGCCUGUGGAUGAACUGCGUGGUGCAGAGCACCGGCCAGAUGCAGUGCAAGGUGUACGACUCGCUGCUGGCGCUGCCGCAGGACCUGCAGGCGGCCCGCGCGCUCAUCGUGGUCUCCAUCCUGCUGGCCGCCUUCGCGCUCCUCGUUGCGCUCGUGGGCGCCCAGUGCACCAACUGCGUGCAGGACGAAACGGCCAAGGCCAAGAUCACCAUCGUGGGGGGCGUGCUCUUCCUGCUGUCAGCCGUGCUCACCCUCGUGCCAGUGUCCUGGUCCGCGAACACCAUCAUCCGGGACUUCUACAACGCCCUUGUGCCCGACGCUCAGAAGCGCGAGUUGGGCGCUGCCCUGUACGUGGGCUGGGCGGCCUCGGCGCUCCAGCUGCUGGGGGGCGCGCUGCUCUGCUGCUCCUGCCCGCCGCGCGAGAAGAAGUACGCGCCCCCCAAGAUUCUCUACUCCGCGCCGCGCUCCACCGGGCCCGGCACUACGACCGGCACCGGCUACGACCGCAGGGACUACGUCUGAGGGGAGGCGCCAGGAGACCCUCUCCCACCAGCUGGAGCGCCCACUCCGUCCGGGGUCAGCCUUGCUUCGGAGACGAGCCCACUCCUAGAUGCCAGGCAGCCCCUCUAGACCCAGAGGGCCCAGCCCGGCGCCCCCUCCCCCAGCCGCCACCCCUCCGAGGCCGGAGGAGCAGGACUGCGGGACUCAGGGACCAACCCGCAGGGACAUUGAAACCUCGCCCCUCUGGAGCUAGAGGCUGGCGUGGCCGCCGCUACUUGCCCACGGCCCCAUAAAUUUUUUAUUUUUUAUUUUUUCCAAAGCCAGGCCACAGCCCGAAAGCCGGCGAUCGGCAGCCUUGAAACUGGCUACUUGAUAUUUUUCAAUAAAAGCGUUUCCUUUUGCAGUUGCCGGCGCCUCCUUGUCCGAGCACCGACAGGCCUCCACCUUCCUGCAGAGCGCCCCUCCGUAACUCCCUGGGCCACAUACCGCUCUCCUGCUUGGCGAGGGCCAGGGGUUCAGUACCCGGGAAGGUGGGCAUGUAAACUGAGCUAGGUGGCGCCUCUUAGCUAUUCACUGAGGACUCGGGGCCUCAUGGUCAAGGCCCGAUGUAGAAAGACAGACGGAGAGCACUUCCAGCCCUGUGGCAGAGGGUGGUGGGGGAGGCGGUGUCAGAGACCCACUUCUAAGGAGGUGCCAUUUGGGUUUGCGACUGGAGCACUGAGCAGCCGAUGGAUCCUCCAGAGCGCAGCUGCACACCCGAGAGCACAUUUGAUAAUGUGAUUUCAUAUUUGGAAAAAGAAAACAAAAAGACCCAUUGUUUCUGUAAAACACACCACCAAAACCCAAGUUGAGCAGAAUCUUCUUGCAAGAGGUAGAAGGGAACCUCAUGGGAGGGAAAGAGGGGACUCAAAUGGGGUGUGGCACCCAAUGCUGGAGGUAAACAAUGUGUUGGAGAAGGUGCUCCAAGGAUGGGUGGUGAGAAGAGGGGCCUGUGUGCUGCCAUGCUCAGGGAGUGAGAGAUUCCCCAGGGCUGGAUGGCAAAGGGAGAGAGGAAGUGGCCAUGAGGCCCGGGGCUCAGUGGAGGCCAAGUCCUGGAGAGUCUUGUGUGCACAGUGCCGGGCUUUGGA